CUAGGCUGACUUGCCGGUUCGGGUUAGUCUGGUUCCUUCUGUGGGUGAUGACUCAGCCAGCCUCGCGUGCCGAUUGUCUCUCUCUGUGUCAGUUGGUCUUUCUUUCUGGCAUCAUCGCCUUUUCGCCUUCUUCAUCAUCUAUCAUUGCUUCCCACUAACUAACCCCAUACUUAAUCUUUCCCUCACCUCGCUUCAUUACUCCCGAAUUUCUCUUCCAUUUGGUGGCUGCUCACUGACCAUCUCACACUGCGUCAUAUCCCGUCAUGGCUUCUUCAUAUCCUCCCCCAUGACUGAUUUCAAAUCGGAAAUGACAUUAGUACGUAGUAGAUUAGAUUAACGCGAGAUACAAGCUCUGUCCUGAUUAUACAACAAAGAUCUGGGUCUAGCCCUUUAUUCCGGUUCGAGUUAUCGUCAGACUCUUCUUCUCACUGGUCGUCAUGUCAUCAUAUGCGCAGUUUAAUCCCUCGUUUUGGGGGGCCAUCCCGUGCCUACUUAAGUGGCUGCUCUGCUCGCCUACCCAUUCCGCUUCUCAGCAAAAGUCGGAUCCGAUCCAGCGCCGGCAAACAACAAUCGCGGGUCCUAUGGCUAGUUACUGUGUUCCCGGUCUGAGGGGAUGGUUCAACUGUGGUCGACCAUGGAUUACACACGCCACUCCCGAGAUUUCUGCCAACGUUGCAGGGGGACUCAUGUCAUCGAUGAUGCAAUUCCUUGUUCAACGCGAUCAGGAACCUACAGUAACCGGCGGUGUCGAUAUAUACUUGGGAGAAGUUACUUAACCGUGUCGACACCACAUCGUCUGGUGUACUGUGUAGCAAUAACCUUGAUGCCUCGGGUACUUCCCGAUCCUAUAUGGCAAUUGUAGUAACCCCGUCUUAUAGUAGUGUGAGCCUAUAGCAUUUCGGAGCAUCCCGUGACAACUGCAG